AUGGCUACGCUGCAGACAGCUACGAUCAAUGAUGCUGGAACGCAAUUCGCGUAUUUGGAUUCUGGUGCCCCGCCAGGUGACACGUAUAUUACAUUGGUCAUAAUUCAUGGGCACACAUACCACGCUCAGAACUUCUCUAGGCUCUUACCCAUUGCAAAGGAUCAUAACCUCCGCAUCAUAGCUCUGAAUAGACGUGAUUAUGUCGGAUCUACACCCUUUUCAUCUGCUGAAUUGGAGGCUCUUAAUAACAGUGACGUUGAAGCACAAGUGGCGUUUCUGAAAGCUCGAGGACUUGAAAUUGCCCGGUUUCUUGUUUGGGUGAUUACAGAGAAGAAGAUUCCGACAGCAAGUGCAGAUGGCAAGGAGGGCGGUCUUGCAGUUUUGGGUUGGUCCAUGGGAAAUUUGACGACUAUGGCAUUCAUGCGGCAUCUGAAUGCAUACCCAAGGGAUCUCGUAGAAUCUAUUCGGCCUUACCUACGAGCACUUUACAUCUAUGAGAACGGAGCCACUACAAUGGGCUAUCCGUCUGCCGAGGGAGGAUAUCACCCACUCUACGAUAAAUCCGAGUCGAUCCCAGCUCGCAUGCGGGGUAUCGUUUUUGGCACAUGGGUCUCAUCAUACUAUAGGCACCCAUACUUCUCCUCGGUGGACAAAAACGAUCGUAACAUAUCCUUACUGAUACUUCGUGCACCUGAAGGGGAUCAAUUAUAUCGUCCUUGCACGCUAGAUACACUAUCUGCCAUAGAGCUCACAACUUGCGUCGAUCCGGCGGCAGCAGCUCAUUCGGAACCUAUCAUCAUUUCCAAUAUCACUCGCCCUGUCUUAUACGACCAGACACAAGAUAUUUUACUUCUUGAUUACCAAUCUCCAAAUACAAAGAAAAACGAGAAUUCAGGAAUACAGGAAGGCAGCGCGAGCGCUCUUCUACCUGACGUCAAGAUAUGCAUUGUGUAUUGUGAUGCUUCUGUCUGGUCUUGCGUUCGGACUAUCUGGGAAUUGGAGAAGGAUUAUGAGAGAUGGGAGAAGGAGGGCCGGAAAAUUCGUGAACAUAAGUUCCUUCACGUAAGGGAGGCCAAUCACUUCCUUCAUUGGGAAGACCCAGAGAUGUUCCUCAAGGUGGUUGAAGAUGGUCUCAGGUCUUGA